GAGACGAGGAGGGGCGCCGGGUGGGGAGAUGCGCUCCCAGGUGUUUGCAGCGGAAGUGGGAAACCUGUAGGUUAUGGUCCAGCUGUGCCGCGCCGAGGCGAGCAGGAGCGGGGAACAGAUAUCUGCUUUGGAUGGUUUCUGAAGCUAAAUUCAGAACACUCUUAAGGUGUUUAAUAUUUUCCAACUGCCAUAAAGUUAAAGCUUCUUUUUGAAAACUGAGCCUAACCUCUACUGAACACAAGAUGAAAAUGUGGUUACUGGUCAGUCACCUUGUGAUAGUAUCUUUCACAACCUGUCUAUCAGAGUUUACAUGGCACAGAAGGUAUGGUCAUGGAGUUUCUGAGGAAGACAAAGGAUUUGGACCAAUUUUUGAAGAACAACCAAUCAAUACCAUUUAUCCAGAGGAGUCACCGGAAGGAAAAGUUUCACUAAACUGUAGGGCACGAGCCAGCCCUUUUCCAGUUUACAAGUGGAGAAUGAAUAAUGGGGAUAUUGAUUUGACAAGUGAUCGGUACAGUAUGGUUGGAGGAAACCUUGUUAUCAACAAUCCUGACAAACAGAAAGAUGCUGGAAUAUAUUACUGCUUAGCAUCAAAUAACUACGGGAUGGUCAGAAGCACUGAAGCAACUCUGAGCUUUGGAUAUCUUGACCCUUUUCCACCUGAGGAACGUCCUGAGGUCAGAGUGAAAGAAGGGAAAGGAAUGGUGCUGCUCUGUGAUCCUCCAUACCACUUCCCGGAUGAUCUUAGCUACCGCUGGCUUCUAAAUGAAUUUCCUGUAUUUAUCACAAUGGAUAAACGAAGAUUUGUGUCUCAGACAAAUGGCAAUCUCUACAUAGCUAAUGUUGAGGCAUCAGACAGAGGCAAUUAUUCCUGCUUUGUAUCCAGUCCCUCUAUUACAAAGAGUGUGUUCAGCAAAUUUAUCCCACUUAUUCCACUACCUGAACGAACAACAAAACCCUAUCCUGCUGAUAUUGUAGUUCAGUUCAAGGACAUAUAUGCAUUGAUGGGCCAAAAUGUGACUUUAGAGUGUUUUGCACUUGGCAAUCCUGUUCCUGAUAUCCGUUGGCGGAAGGUCCUGGAACCAAUGCCAAGCACAGCUGAGAUCAGCACCUCUGGAGCUGUGCUCAAGAUCUUCAAUAUUCAGCUAGAAGAUGAAGGCACAUAUGAAUGCGAGGCUGAGAACAUUAGAGGAAAGGAUAAACACCAGGCAAGAAUUUAUGUUCAAGCAUUUCCUGAGUGGGUAGAACACAUCAAUGACACGGAAGUGGAUAUAGGCAGUGAUCUCUACUGGCCUUGUGUGGCCACAGGGAAGCCCAUCCCUACAAUCCGAUGGCUGAAGAAUGGAUAUUCGUAUCACAGAGGGGAGUUGAGACUGUAUGACGUGACCUUCGAAAAUGCUGGCAUGUACCAGUGCAUAGCUGAAAAUACACAUGGAGUCAUUUAUGCAAAUGCGGAGUUGAAGAUCUUGGCUUUGGCUCCAACUUUUGAAAUGAAUCCUAUGAAGAAAAAGAUCCUGGCUGCUAAAGGAGGAAGAGUUAUAAUUGAGUGCAAACCUAAAGCUGCACCCAAACCAAAAUUUUUAUGGAGUAAAGGUACAGAGCGGCUUGUCAAUAGCAGCAGAAUACUCCUUUGGGAAGAUGGCAGCUUGGAAAUCAAUAACAUUACGAGGAAUGAUGGGGGUGUCUAUACAUGCUUUGUAGAAAAUAACAAAGGGAAGGCUAAUAGCAGUGGGACUCUUGUUAUCACAGAUCCCACACGAAUUAUAUUGGCCCCGAUUAAUGCUGAUAUCACUGUUGGAGAAAAUGCCACCAUGCAGUGUGCUGCUUCCUUUGAUCCUGCCCUGGAUCUCACGUUUGUUUGGUCCUUCAAUGGCUAUGUGAUCGACUUUAACAAAGAGAACAUUCAUUACCAGCGGAAUUUUAUGCUGGAUUCCAAUGGGGAGCUGCUCAUUCGAAAUGCUCAGCUAAAACAUGCUGGGAGGUACACGUGCACCGCUCAGACAAUUGUGGACAAUUCUUCAGCCUCCGCUGACCUUGUUGUGCGAGGCCCUCCAGGCCCUCCGGGUGGCCUACGAAUAGAAGACAUUAGAGCCACUUCUGUGGCACUUACUUGGAGCCGAGGUUCAGACAAUCAUAGCCCUAUAUCUAAAUACACUAUCCAGACCAAGACCAUUCUUUCAGAUGACUGGAAAGAUGCAAAGACAGAUCCCCCAAUUAUUGAAGGAAAUAUGGAGGCGGCAAGAGCAGUGGAUUUAAUCCCGUGGAUGGAAUAUGAAUUUCGUGUGGUUGCAACCAAUACAUUGGGUAUAGGAGAGCCCAGUAUACCAUCAAACAAAAUUAAAACCGAUGGUGCUGCACCUAAUGUGGCCCCUUCAGAUGUAGGAGGUGGAGGUGGAAGCAACAGAGAACUGACUAUAACAUGGGCGCCUUUGUCAAGGGAAUACCACUACGGCAACAAUUUUGGUUACAUAGUGGCAUUUAAGCCAUUUGAUGGAGAAGAAUGGAAAAAAGUGACAGUUACUAAUCCAGAUACUGGACGCUAUGUCCAUAAAGAUGAGACCAUGCGCCCUUCCACUGCGUUUCAAGUCAAAGUCAAAGCUUUCAACAACAAGGGAGACGGACCAUACAGCCUCACAGCCGUCAUCCACUCUGCACAAGACGCUCCCAGUGAGGCCCCAACAGCAGUAGGCGUAAAAGUCCUGUCAUCUUCUGAGAUAUCUGUUCAUUGGGAGCAUGUUGUAGAAAAAGUAGUGGAAAGCUAUCAGAUUCGGUACUGGGCUACCCAUGACAAAGAAGCUGCUGCACACAGAGUUCAAGUCACUAGCCAAGAGUACUCGGCCAGGCUAGAGAACCUUCUGCCUGACACCCAGUACUUUGUGGAAGUAAGGGCCUGCAAUAGCGCCGGGUGUGGACCUCCCAGUGAUAUGAUUGAGACCUUCACCAAGAAAGCACCUCCAAGCCAACCUCCAAGGAUCAUCAGUUCCGUAAGGUCUGGUUCACGCUACAUAAUCACCUGGGAUCAUGUGGUUGCACUAUCAAAUGAAUCUACAGUGACAGGAUAUAAGGUACUCUAUAGACCUGAUGGCCAGCAUGAUGGCAAGCUGUAUUCAACUCAUAAACACUCCAUAGAAGUCCCAAUCCCCAGGGAUGGAGAAUAUGUUGUAGAGGUUCGAGCACACAGUGAUGGAGGCGAUGGAGUGGUGUCUCAAGUCAAAAUUUCAGAUGCAUCCAUCCUAUCACCAUGUCUUCUCGGCUUCCUGCUGCCUGCCCUUGGCAUCCUUGUCUACUUGGAAUUCUGAAUGUGAUGUGAUAGCUGCUGUUCCCAGCCCAGCUCAAGAGGACACCCUCCAUCCCUGAGAUGACUCCAAUUCCUUCCAAUUCCUGCCGCUCCAUCCUAAGCCAAAUAAAUGAUACUUUAACAAACUAUCCAACUGAUUUACAACACACGUUAUGACUGAGGCAUUCAGGAACCCCUUCAUCCAAAAGAAUAAGCUUUUAAAUGGAUAUAAAGUGAUUUUUAACUCGUUCCAAUAUGCCUUAUAAACCACUUAACCUGAUUCUGUGACAGUUGCAUGAUUUAAUCCAAUGGGACAAGUUACAGUGUUCAAUUCAAUACUAUAGGCUGUAGAGUGAAAGUAAAAUCACCAUACACAGGUGCUUUAAAUUCAAUAACAAGUUGUGAAAUAUAAUAGAGGUUGAAAUGUUGAUCGUAUGUGGUUAAUGUAAGAGUAAUACAGUCUCUUGUACUAUCCUCUCUGUUUUGGGUCCUGCAUAUUUUUGAAUGGCCCCUAUCAUUCAUGACAUUUUAA